AUGGGAAUCACUAGUAUCUUCAAAAGAAAGCGAAUUCAAUCUGAAAUAGAUUCAAGUUCAAUCUCUUCAGAAAAGGAUGCAAAUAUUAGAAUAGAACUAGCGGAGCUCGAAUCUCUCAAUUCUGGACAAAAGAAAUUAGAUCAUGUUUUUCAAGAUCCUGUAGUGGCAGAGAAUUAUCGGGAAGUGUAUGAAACUACAAAUUAUGAGUGCAAAGAUUACUUUGAUCCAGACUUCACCUGGACUGCUGAAGAAGAACGUAAAACUGUUUGGAAGAUUGACUGGUACGUUACAUUUUGGGCGUUCGCUAUGUUCAUGGCGUUGGAUAUAGAUCGGUUCAAUAUACAACAAGCAUUGUCCGAUAAUAUGCUUGAUGAUUUGAAUCUUACCACAAAUGAUUAUAACCUAGGCAGGACUAUCAAUCUUGUUGGUUUCUUGGCCGCGGAAUUACCAUCUCAAUUGAUUUCAAAAUGGAUUGGUGCUGAUAUUUGGAUUCCAACUCAAUUGAUAUUAUGGAGUGUAGUGUCGAUGUCACAGGCUUGGAUUACAGGUAAAACUAGUUUCCUAGUCACAAGAACUUUGAUUGGUGCGCUACAAGGAGGUUUCAUUCCAGACGUUUGCUUGUGGAUGUCCUAUUUCUAUACUUCUAAAGAAUUUCCUUCGAGACUAUCUUUAUUUUAUAUCGCCAACCCCUUGGGAUCUGUGGUAGCAAGUUUACUAGCUUUUGCACUCCUAAAAGUCAGUACGUCAGAAAUGAAAGAAGGAUGGAGGUGGUUGUUUUUAAUAGAAGGUGCAAUUACUUUAUUAAUUGGUAUUAUGUCAUUCUUUAAGAUGCCAGCAUCGGUAGUACAGACUAAAACUUGGUACCGAAAGAAAGGUUGGUUUACAGAGAGAGAGGAAUAUCUUAUCGUAAACAAGGUAUUGAGAGAUGAUCCAUCCAAGGGUAUAUGCAUAACAGACAACCAGUGAGUCCAAAGGAGUUAUUAAAUGCCAUAUUAGACUAUGAUUUAUGGCCAGUUUAUGUCAUUCGUAUUCUUAGUGAUAUUGGAAGUGGUCCAGUACUGUCGUAUUUAACAUUAACGUUGAGGAAGUUGGGCUUCUCCACUUUUAACACAAAUGCGUUGACCAUUCCUGCCAAUAUGCUUCUGAUUAUAGUUAUGGUUUUCACCGGUUGGAUAUCCGAAGUGAUUAAUGAACGAUCAUAUAUAUUGUCUUUCUCUUCAAUAUGGGUUUUAGCAUGCCUCUUUCCCUUGCGAUAUUGGCCAGGUUCCCAAAUCAAUGUUUGGGGAACAUAUGCAAUUUUAAUAAUAUUGUUAGGGCAUAACCCUGUUGCCCCACUUUCAAUAUCCUGGACUUCUGCUAAUUCCAAUUCUGUUAGAUCAAGGGCGGUCUCUGGGGCAAUUGUCAAUAUAUUUUCCCAGACAGGAUCGAUUGCAGCUUCCAAUAUCUAUAGAAUGGACGAUGCACCAUUGUAUCAUAGAGGUAAUGAACAAUUAAUAGCUAUAGCCUUUGGUGCAUUAGCCGCAUGUCUACUCGCAAAAGUCUAUUAUAUCCAAAGAAAUAAGUAUAAGGAAAGAAAAUGGUCGUCAAUGACUGUGGAAGAACAAGAAUAUUACAUUUCGAACUCAACUGACAGUGGAAACAAACGACUUGAUUUUCGAUUUGUACAUUAG